AUGGCUGGUUCAAUCGCUGAUAACUUAGCUGUAUACAAGAAGACCUUCAAAUAUGUACCGCCAACACCACCAGCCGAACUUCUUGAAGCAACCAAUUUCACGCUUGAUUUUGUGAGUCGCAAGUUUAUCCAAAUUGGACUUGAUCCUACCGACGAAUUCAAUGCCAUAGUCCAAAUAAUAACACCAUCGCGGUAUAUUAAUAUGCCAGCCGACUUUCUAAGACGAAUAUUUUCACUCAUGGGGAAUAUUUUAUCUUUUAUACUCGAGCUACCUCAAAAAUAUAAGCGAAAUCUGUUUUUGGAAACAGAAAGUAUUUCACUAUCGAGUAUGGUUUACCAAGAAGAAAAUGUGCUGGUCAUCGAAUCAAAAACACAAGCCGGAUGCCGAGUAUUGCUAAAUCGUUCAGAUUUAAUGAAAUUGCAAUAUUUAGAAUGGAGUAUUAUCGAAACAGUCGUUCGAAAGUCAACCAUCAUACGACCAGUCGUCUUAAAGCAGUUCGAGGCUAUUGGUAAUUACUUAGACCAGGAAUUUACCAAUGUGAAAUCGUCGCCGAAAACAAAUGAAGAAAUGAAAAUUUUUAUCAAAAAUUUAAGCGAUGAUAAAAUUAUUGGAUACACUCCUAAAGAAGUAGACAUGAAUUUCAUAAGCCAGAUCAAAAUAAAUGCCACUAGUCAAUUAGCCGAACAUUGGGCGCAACGUUGGAGCGGUGGAAACUCACCAGAUUCACACAGUAGAUCAAUUGAUUUACCGGUGUCACCAAGCUUUUCUCUUAUAUCCAGCAUGGAUUCAUCGGAGAACCCUAAACUUAAUCAAUCAAAGAUACCAGAUGGGGUUGACGUAAACGAUGGACCAGAUUAUUUCAGUCAAUUCAGGGAAUCAUCUCUAUUUAUUACGCCGCCACCAUCAACAUUCGCCGAACACCCAACACCAGUGCGCAAGAAAUUAAGAAAUGCUUCAUUCACAGUCAUUGCUGCCAGUGGUGAUGUACUAGGAGAAUUGAUCAAAGCCAAAGAAAAUAUUAAACGCAAGUAUACAGCAUUAAAACAWGGAAAAGCCGAUAUUCAUUCAUUAGUAUCGGAAACGUUAAG